CGGUUAUAUUACAGUAGAACGAAAGUAAUAUUUGUCUCAACGAGCCGUUACCUUGUAACCGAUAUCGCAAUUUGCUAAGAUACGAUCCACAAAAACCACGCCACUUCUUAUCUUACCAAACAAAAACGCAAGCACUGGGCACCAGUCCCAGCCGAUAAUAUGGAGCGUGACGAGAAAAUCUUAUAAUCUUUUUACAAGUCAAAACAGUGUUGCAAAAAAGGCGAAUCGGAUGGCCAGAGCAUGGAAUAGGAAUUGAUGAUCGGAUGAAUUGAUGAGUAAUGAGAUAAUUAAUUGAAUAAUCUGAUAUUUAAUCAGUUCGGUAAGUUACUGACUCUGCGACUCUGCAACUAAGACGUAAGUAUUGAUCAGAAGUAUUUUCUCUUCAAUCACUCUUUAUAUGCUGCGGAAUUUGAAAAGGAUAAUAUGUACACAAAUAAUUGUAUCCUGAGUUGAAUAAGGUUGUCGCAAAAAUAAUGUACAGAACACGCCAUAAUCUAUGAAUAGAAUCUGUGUGUUUCAUAUGAGCAUACCAGAAUGUGCGUCAUAACGUAUCCGUUUCUGUUUGUGUAUCUGUAUUCUGUUGGGUUUCCACAUGAUCUGAUAGAGCUCUAUGUACUUUUAUUGACCAACUCUCAACUUACUCCCUCGUUGUAUGUGCUUAUCAUCACCUCUCCAACUACCUGUCCAGUUGUCUUUGACGUCCGUCAGUAGCGGAAUCAGGAUUCUGAAAUCCGGAACUUAAAUAUUUUGUUAUAAUUUUUUACUUAUUUUCCGAGAUCAGGUGGAGCAUUUUUAUUGAUUUUAGGGACUAGACGUGAUCGAUUGAAAUAAAAUAAUUCGUUGAUUUUUCCAGACCAGGAGGUGUCGGAUUAGCCCCGUCUGGUUCCACCACUGGCUAUAUAAAGUAGGAAGGACUACAUUAAUGCAGAAGCAUAUAUCCAAACAAUUGUUUAGACAUGAAGGAGUUCUUGUUGUCGUGUCUUCUAUUUUUUACAUUUUUAUUGGCAGGAGAAGCUCAUAAUGUGACUUAUGAUCGUCGUUCUCUCAUAAUAAAUGGCGAAAGAAAGCUUGUUAUUUCUGCUGCCAUUCAUUAUCCCCGGAGUGUCCCUGAGAUGUGGCCAGGACUGGUGUGGCUAGCAAAGGAAGGGGGCGCGAAUGCUAUAGAGACAUAUGUAUUCUGGGAUGGUCACGAAAUUGCUCCUGACAAAUAUUGUUUUGAAGGAAGGUGGGAUUUGGUAAAAUUUGUGAAGAUUGUGCGAGAUGCUGGUCUUUAUUUGAUUCUUAGAAUUGGACCAUAUGUUGCUGCUGAAUGGAACUUUGGAGGAGUACCUGCUUGGUUGCAUUAUGUUCCUGGCACUAUUUUCCGAACAGAGAACGAACCCUUCAAGUAUCACAUGGAAAAAUUCACAACAUAUAUAGUAAACAUGAUGAAGAAUGAGAAAUUUUUCGCAUCACAAGGAGGCCAUAUCAUCUUAAGCCAGGUGGAAAAUGAGUAUGGAACAUAUGAAGAAGAAUAUGGAGAGGAAGGUAGAAUAUACGCUUCGUGGGCGGCUGAAAUGGCUCUGAGACAAAACACUGGAGUACCAUGGAUAAUGUGCAAGCAGUGGGAUGUUCCGACUAACGUUAUAAACACAUGUAAUGGAUUCUACUGUGACAACUUUCAUCCCAGGCACCCUAACAUGCCAAAACUGUGGACUGAGAAUUGGGUUGGAUGGUUUAAAACUUAUGGAAGCAUAGUUCCUCAUAGGCCCGUUGAGGAUAUUGCUUAUUCUGUGGCACGUUUUAUCCAGAAAGGGGGGAGUUUGGUUAACUAUUAUAUGUAUCAUGGCGGGACAAAUUUUGGGCGCACUUCUGGGGGACCAUUCAUUACUACAAGUUAUGAUUAUGAUGCUCCUGUUGAUGAGUUUGGUUUGCCAAGGCUUCCAAAAUGGGGGCACCUUAAGGAACUUCAUAAAGCUGUUAAGUUGUGUGAGAAUGCACUGCUGAAAAAUGAACAGGUUACUCUUGGUCUUGGCCUUCUACAAGAGGUUGAUGUUUAUGGAUAUGGCUCUGAAACUUGUGCUGCCUUUAUUGCUAACAUGGACGAUAAAGAUGACAAGAUUGUAUAUUUUAAUGGGAAGUCAUUUCAUGUGCCAGCAUGGUCGGUUAGCAUUCUGCCAGAUUGCACAAAUGUUGUAUUUAACACGGCAAAGGUUGUAUCACAAUCUUCUCAUGUUGAGAUGAUAACAUCAGAUUUGAAGCCAUCUGGGAUAUCUCCCGAAAAAGAUUUGAAAUGGGAUGUAUUUACAGAAAAAGCUGGUGUUUGGGCUGAAGCUGAUGGUGUUCAACAAGGCUUCGUAGAUCACAUCGAUACAACAAAAGAUACGACGGACUACCUAUGGUAUACUACGAGGUUGCAUGUUAAUGAAAAUGAAGAGUUCUUGAGGAGUGGAAGGAAACCAAUGCUUUUAAUCGAAUCGAAGGGCCAUGCUGUCCAUUCCUUUGUUAACAAUGUAUAUCACGGUAGUGCGGCUGGUACUGAUAUUGUACCUCCAUUUACCUUGGAGAUUCCUAUUUCACUUAAGGCGGGUAAUAAUGAAAUUGCAAUCCUUAGUAUGACAGUUGGCCUACAGACCGCUUCAGCGGCCUUCUAUGAAUUUGCAGGAGCUGGUUUGACCAGUGUAAAGAUAGACGGCUUUAACAACGGAACACUGGACUUGUCAACCAGUAAAUGGGUGUAUAAGAUUGGAGUACAAGGAGAGUGUCUUGGUUUACACAAAACAAAUGGUCUAUAUAAUGUGAACUGGGAAUCAACUACAGUUGCUCCAAAGAAUCAGCCACUCACUUGGUACAAGGCAGUAGUGGACCCUCCACCUGGAAGUGAUCCUGUAGCACUUGACAUGGUUCAUAUGGGAAAAGGCCUAGCUUGGUUGAAUGGAGAAUUAAUCGGGAGAUAUUGGACUAUGAAAGCUUCUGCAUUGUUAAAAUGUGAUCAUGAAUGUGAUUACAGAGGUGAAUAUGAACCUACCAAGUGUAGUACAGGAUGUGGGGAUUCGACACAAAGAUGGUACCACGUUCCUCGAUCUUGGUUCAAGCCAUCAGGAAACAUUCUGGUAGUAUUUGAAGAAACAGGUGGAGAUCCUUCUCAGGUUAAAUUUGCAACACGAAGGUUAUCAGGCGUCUGCAUUCACUUACCGGAAGAGUACCCUACUAUCGAGUUGUAUUCUACUACCAAAGGGACUUGUGGAUCAUUUGCUAUAGGAGAUUGUCAUGAUCCCGAUACAAUUUCCUUGGAGGAACAGGCCUGCUUGAACAAGAACAAUUGCUGUGUAGAUAUUACAGGAGAGACCUUUAACAAGAAUUUGUGUUCUGGCGUAGUAAAGUCACUUGCUUUUGAAGCAUAGUGCCGAUGAUAUCAGACUUGGUUGCAGAAAAGACUCGAGUUUACUUACAAUUUUUAAUUGAUGUCAUGGUGACACAAUCAUCAUCGAGGUUAAAAUUGACAGGCAUUAUCAAAUUGUUAGAUGACAGUGCACGUUAUUCAUUAGCUAGUUCAAGAUAUUGCAGGUGGAUAGUUAUAUUAUGUUGUAAAACACAAUUUGCUUCGAGAAUAAUAACAGGCACAAUCGUUUUCUUGACA